AUGCCUCAAGCUCAGCCAGAAUUGAAGAAGUAUAUGGAAAAGCGGUUGUUCGUUCAACUUAACGGCAAUCGCAAAGUCAUCGGAAUCCUUCGCGGCUACGAUGUGUUCAUGAAUAUAGUGAUGGACGAAGCCGUCGAAGAGAAAAGUGGAGGAGAGAAAGUGCGCCUAGGCAUGGUGGUCAUUCGCGGAAACUCCGUCGUUAUGCUCGAGGCACUCGAGAGGAUUGGCGAUCGAUGAUACCCAGCAGCUGUACCUCGAAGAGAAAUCCUGGCGUGUUAAUGAAUUCAAGAAACAGGCGGAUGGCUCCCUUGCUAUCCUCAAUUAGUGUCUUAUCAUAUUGCGAUAACCAAGAAAUGUUUUUGUCUCUGUUCCAACUUUAGUUUAAGGAGUUUAAGGGAAAA